AUGCGAUCGCUGCUUUCUUGGUGCCAACCUGGGAAGAGAAAGGAGAAGCGACGAUGGAAGGAGAUUGAAGAGGAAGCUGAGCACUUGGAUCAACACCCAUCAUGGGACGCCCCUGACAACUCGUUGAUGCUCCAAGCUUUUGAGUGGCACGUGCCGGCCGACCAAGGCCAUUGGCGUCGACUUCGACAUGUCUUACCAAGCUUUAAAGCUAUUGGGGUCGAUAAUAUCUGGAUUCCACCCGCGAGCAAAGCCAUGGAGCCAUGUGGGAAUGGCUAUGAUAUUUAUGAUCUCUAUGACUUGGGAGAAUUCGAACAAAAAGGCUCCCGCGCUACAAAGUGGGGUACUAAGGAGGAACUCCAGUCUUUAGCGACUCGGGCUCAAGACCUCGGUAUAGGCAUCUAUUGUGAUGCCGUCCUCAAUCACAAAGCCGGAGCAGAUUACACAGAGCGCUUCCCAGCAGUCAAAGUUGACCCACAGGAGCGCAAUCUGGAGAUAUCCUCUCCCGAGGAGAUCGAGGGCUGGGUGGGCUUCAACUUCCCCGGACGUGGUGACCGGUAUAGUUCCAUGAAGUACAAUAAGAACCAUUUCAGCGGUGUCGACUGGGAUCAAGCACGUCAAAGGAGCGGGGUGUAUAAAAUUGAAGGGCACGAGUGGGCGAAAGAUGUUGCCCGUGAGAAUGGGAAUUACGACUACCUCAUGUUCGCAAACUUGGACUACUCCAACGCAGAAGUGCGCAACGAUGUGCUGAACUGGGGUGAGUGGAUUAAUUCCCAACUGCCUCUCAGUGGUAUGCGGCUGGAUGCGGUCAAGCAUUAUUCCGCUGGUUUUCAGAAGGAGUUCAUCCGGCGUCUUCGAGAGACUGUUGGACCCGACUACUUCAUAGUCGGCGAAUACUGGAAAGGCGAAGUCAAGCCGCUCCUUGAUUACUUACAACAGAUGGACUACAAGCUAUCCCUGUUCGAUUCGGCCUUGGUUGCGCGCUUGUCAAGCAUUUCGCGAUUGGAAGGAGCCGACCUUCGCAACAUAUUCAAUAACACAUUAGUUCAGCUACGGCCUGAAUAUGCUGUGACUUUUGUUGCCAAUCAUGACACACAACCAGGACAGUCCCUCGAGGCACCAGUUGCAUCGCGAUUCAAACCUCUUGCCUACGCUCUGAUCUUGCUUCGCGACAAGGGCCAGCCAUGUGUAUUUUAUGGGGAUCUUUAUGGUCUCCAAGCUGACGUCAAAGAUCCGAUGACGCCCUCCUGCAAGGGAAAGCUGCCUACCCUCACACAAGCCCGAAAGCUAUAUGCCUAUGGCUUGCAACGGGACUACUUUGACAAACCAAACUGUAUCGGUUUUGUUCGCUACGGCAAUCGUCGACAUCCGUCUGGUCUUGCAUGCAUCAUGAGCAAUGCAGGUCCAUCAAGAAAGCGAAUGUACGUCGGUCGACAGCAUGCCGCGGAGCAAUGGACCGACAUUCUGCAGUGGUGUUCCCAAACCGUUGUGAUUGAUAAAAAAGGUUACGGAGAAUUUCCAGUGAGCGCAAUGAGUGUGAGUGUAUGGGUAAAUGCUUUGGCAGAAGGGAGGGAUAGCCUCCAGUAUCACUUGUAA